AUGGAUAAAACUUGGAUGCAAAAGAAUAGACGAAGCAAAGAAUAUUGGAAUGGUUUGCAAAAAUUCUUAGAUUAUGCAUUCCAGAAUUCAAGUAUAAAUGGGAUGAUAUUAUGUCCAUGUAAAGAAUGUAAGUGUGGUGUAUGUAUUACCAGGGAGAAUGCAGAACUUCAUUUGAAAGUUUAUGGUUUUGUUAAAGGAUACACCCAUUGGGCAGCUCAUGGAGAAUUUGUUUACUCUAGUGCACCAAAACCUACUUCCUAUGAUAUCUCACAUGGGGUACGGGAUGAACUUGAUGACAUGCAUGGUUUGGUUCAUGAUGCAAUGGGAAUUCCUGAACAAGAUUAUACAAGGAUAGAUGGAACUGAAUACAAAAGCCAAUUGCCCAAUGUAGAAGCUGAAAAGUUUUACAAUCUAAUUGAUAAUUCUAACAAAGAGCUUUACUCUGGAUGUAAAAGAUUCUCAAAACUUUCCUUUAUGAUUCGGUUGCUUCACCUCAAAUGCCUUGGUAAACUCAGCAACAAAAUUUUUGAUAUGUUACUUGAUUUGUUGAAAGAAGCCUUUCCAGAUGCAAUGGAUGGUUUGCCUAAGUCUUAUUAUGAAGCUGAAAAGUUAAUGAAGGAAUUAGGACUUGGGUAUGAUAAAUAUGAUGCAUGUCCGAAUGACUGCACUUUGUAUUGGGGGGUAGAUGCAAGAAGAAAGCAUUGUGAAACAUGUAAAGAAUCUAGAUGGGUUAAAUCUGAAAAUGAUCCGACUGGCCAUAUGAGAUGGCAUGCAGAAGGUCGUACUAAGGAUGGUAACAUGAGGCACCCUGCUGAUUCUCUAUCUUGGCAAACAUUUGACUUUCAUCAUCUAGAAUUUUCUCAAGAUUCUCGUAAUGUGAGGUUGGGCCUAGCAUCAGAUGGAUUUAACCCAUUCAAAAAUAUGAGUUCAACUCAUAGCACUUGGCCGGUAAUAUUGAUGCCAUAUAAUUUGCCGCCAUGGAUGUGUAUGAAACAACCGAACUUUAUGUUGUCAUUGUUGAUACCCGGUCCAUUUGCACCAGGAAAUAAUAUUGAUAUAUAUUUAAAACCUCUCAUAGCAGAAUUAAAGGAAUUGUGGGAUGUUGGAGUGAAUACAUAUGAUGCAUCAAGAAAAGAAAACUUUCAACUUCGUGCAGCACUUUUAUGGACCAUCAGUGACUUUCCAGGUUAUGCAAUCCUCUCCGGAUGGAGCACUAAAGGAAAACUUGCACUAAAGGAAGAAAUCAUGAAAAAAUUAGGUCAUCUCCCAUCACGAGUUGAUAUGUUCGAACACUGUUAUACUGACUCAAACGGAAACCCGGGAAAUGAUGACGUUGCAGCUACAUUACAAGCUUUGAAGGAAAAAGUUAGCCAACUUCCCCCUGGUUCUAAUGAUGAUGUUGGUCGUAAUGAUGCAUUUGCCCAAGUAUUUGGGGAAGAUAACAAUGGGUGUGUGCGCAUGUAUGGUCUAGGUGUGACACCAUCAGACAAAUAG